UGUUCCAAUAAUAAACGCGAUACAUUUCUAUAUUCAGCGGUCUGAAUUUUGUGCACCACUGCUCCUCUUGGCUGACUAUAUGUAUUUCAUACAAGGCCGACCAGAGCAGAGGAUAGCCAUUGAAGCUUGCGGAUUAUUUGUCUACUUUUCACAUUCUGGAGAAUUUAGAGAAAAUCUGUGUGUUGAUCUCACUAGUUUGUGACCGAGUUGAGUUAAUUCAGCGGUUUACAUUUCGCUCUAUGGUUGAGACGCCGUCGUGUUGUUUUCAUCAAGAUCAAGAUCACUGACUGCAUCAUCAUGUGGAAAUCGUUUUAACUGACGCGAAUGUAGAUUACAGCUGUCUGGCAUCUAUUCCAUCCACGCGCUGGCUGCCUCUGCGUUCUAUCAAUAGGGAUGCAUCUAUUGACAUUUAGUUCCAUUUGAUAGGUGUUGUGUGAUGGUAGCGUUUGGUGUGUGAGGCCUGUAAGAGGAGACCCACUGCCUCCUCCCCUUCAGGAUGUCUGAACCCCAGACACCAACAUGGCCACAGGGCACAGAGUGUGUGGCCAAAUACAACUUUAAGGGCACCACAGAGCAGGACCUGCCCUUCAACAAAGGAGAUGUCUUAACCAUAAUCGUGGUGACUAAGGACCCUAACUGGUACAAAGCCAAGAACACAGCAGGUCGAGAAGGCACCAUCCCAGCUAACUACGUCCAGAAGAGGGAAGGGGUGAAGCAAGGGGGCAAGCUGAGUCUAAUGCCAUGGUUCCAUGGUAAGAUAACUAGGGAGCAGGCUGAGUGUCUCCUGAUCCCCCCAGAGAUGGGUCUGUACCUUGUGAGAGAGAGCACCAACUACCCCGGGGACUAUACUCUGUGUGUGAGUUGCGACGGCAAGGUGGAGCACUACCGCAUUGUCUACAAGGAGGGAAAGCUCAGCAUCGACGAGGAGGCGUUCUUCGAGAACCUCAUGCAGCUUGUUGAGCACUAUACCAAAGAUGCAGACGGUCUCUGCACCAAACUGAUCAAGCCGAAGCUGGAGGAGGGUACUGUGGCAGCCCAGGAUGAGUUCUCCAGGAGCGGCUGGGCUCUCAACAGGAAGGAAAUCAAUAUCCACCAGUCCAUAGGGAAAGGAGAGUUUGGAGAUGUGAAGGUGGGAGACUACAGAGGGACCAAAGUAGCGGUGAAGUGUAUCAAACACGAUGCUACAGCACAGGCCUUCAUUGCUGAAGCUUCAGUCAUGACGCAACUGAGACACAAUAACCUGGUCCAGUUGCUAGGUGUCAUCGUUGAGGAGAAGGGAAGCCUGUUUAUCGUCACUGAGUACAUGGCCAAGGGCAGUCUAGUGGACUACCUACGCUCCAGAGGUCGGACAGUGCUGGGUGGGGAUUCCCUACUCAAGUUCUCAGUUGACGUGUGUGAGGCCAUGGAGUAUCUGGAGGCCAAUAACUUUGUCCACAGAGACCUGGCGGCCCGUAAUGUUCUGGUGUCAGAUGAUAACAUCGCCAAGGUCAGCGACUUCGGCCUGACCAAGGAGGCCUCGUCUAAUCAGGACACAGCCAAACUGCCCAUCAAGUGGACCUCACCAGAGGCCCUGAGGGAAAAGAAAUUCUCCACCAAGUCAGACGUGUGGAGCUAUGGGAUCUUGCUGUGGGAGAUCUACUCCUUUGGACGAGUGCCUUACCCCAGAAUUCCUCUAAAGGACGUGGUACCACGCGUGGAGAAGGGCUACAAAAUGGAUGCCCCAGACGGUUGUCCUGAGGUGGUGUAUGAAGUCAUGAAGCAGUGCUGGACCCUGGACCCGCUGGUGCGGCCAUGCUUUAGAGUCCUCAGGGAGAAACUGCAGCAUAUCCUAGCCAAGGAGCUCUACCUGUGAUGGAAUAGGAAGAGGAGGUGAAAAGGGAAGUGGACAAGGAUGGCUCUCCUUUCAUUGAGGAAGAGGGGGAUGGAGAGGGAGAAAUAGGAUGGACAAGGAUUGCUCUUCUUUCAUGAUGGGACCAAAGCCUGACAUUAUCAAGACCUCAGAGAUCCUCCUUCCUCUCCUUAUAAUAAUUUUUUUGAUUUACAUUAGAUUGUGUGAAAGUUCACUUGUUUUAUAAUUUCUCAUUCUGUUGAAAUGUUGUUGCCACAUGUUGGCAUUUCCACUUUUUUUUACACUCGCCCUCCCCCACACACACCUCAGGGUUGCCUGUAUGUCUGUUCUACAGUACAUUAGUGGUUGUAUCGGUCUGGCCGACUACAGUGUGUACUCCAGUGUCAAACAAACCCACCCGGGACUGUUGUGAGGUACUAUAUCCCUUUCACACAAUCGUGCCGACCAUAACCAUACCGUGCUGGCUCUGAUAUUUUCUUUUCACAUGGUCCUUUCCAGCACAGUUACAGGAAAGAUGACGGAUACGUAGCCUAGCCGGUGCAAUUCGGCUUGGCUCGGCUAGUGUGAAUCAACCCCAAGUCAGGCAAUACACUUCCCGUGUCCCUGCUCUCUACCCAUACAGUGUAAGAUUGUUACCCCAGUUAAAUACGAUCUGUGCCAAAAUGCCUCCAGAACACAGGGCUAUCCCCACAGAUACCCCUCUACACGCUUGCCUUUUUUUUUCUUUUUUUUCUUUUAUGUUUUAUACAUUUGUUUGUUUUUGUUACACAUCCUCUUCUCUUAUUGCCACAAGUGUUCAUCUCACAUUUAUCAAACUGGAAAGCAGAAUAAAUCCUCCACUAAAAUGUUACUGAAUUCAACAUUUCAGGACGACGUGUAACAUGACGGAGAGAUUGAGAUUGUAUCCAUGCAGAGGGAAAAGAAGAAGCCAUUUUGGAGAGAAAAAAGUUUUGUAACAGAUAAACUAAGGGCAAGUGUAUAGAAAUAAUUAAAAUGUAACAUGUACAUGUGAAAACAGUUCAGAAAUGAAAGCUGAAGGGAACCAUGCAUGUGGAACGGGAAGCCUUUUUUUGUACCUUUUAAAGUUGUUUUUACUUUGCUGCCGUUAUGAUUAAAUCAUUCCACUUGAAAAAGUUUUGAAAAA